GGACUCAGAAUAAAAGAGACAAUUGGAAAGCCAAUAAUACAGAGGUGCAGGUCCAUUUUUAGUCAUUAAGACUAAAGGCCUGGUUAGAGGAAACCAAGACAGCCAUGGUACUAUUUAGUUGCUUUUUUCUUGUUUUAGCUACUUGUUACCUUGAAGCAAGGCUUUACAGUGGGCGCAGUGAGGAUCCAAACAUGACCAAGGAGGAGCAGCUACCAGACUGGCAUUCGGCCAAGGAAUUUUAUCAGAAUUAUGACCCGAAGGAAAUUCUGGGCAGAGGGGUAAGCAGCGUGGUUCGUCGGUGCAUUCACAAACCCACCAGCCAAGAGUACGCAGUUAAGAUUAUAGACAUCACAGCUGGCAAUUUGUCCCCAGAGGAGGUCCAGGAGCUGAGGAAAGCCACUAUCAAGGAGAUAGACAUCCUUCGGCAGGUCUCAGGACAUCCCAAUAUCAUUCAGCUGAAGGAUAGUUAUGAAUCCCACACCUUUUUCUUCUUGGUGUUUGACCUAAUGAAGAGAGGAGAGCUUUUCGAUUACCUCACAGAGAAAGUCACCUUAAGUGAGAAGGAAACCAGGAAGAUCAUGCGUGCACUGCUGCAAGUGAUCCAAUACCUCCAUUCCAUGAACAUAGUCCACAGAGACCUGAAGCCGGAGAACAUUCUCCUGGAUGACAACAUGAACAUCAAGCUGAUGGACUUUGGCUUCUCCUGCCAGUUGAAUAGGGAUGAGAUGCUCAAAGAAAUCUGUGGCACUCCUGGCUAUCUAGCACCUGAAAUAUUAGAGUGCUCCAUGGAUAAGGACCAUCCAGGGUAUGGAAAGGAAGUUGACAUGUGGAGUAGUGGUGUGAUCAUGUACACCCUGCUGGCUGGCUCCCCGCCCUUCUGGCACCGGAAGCAGAUGCUCAUGCUGCGGAUGAUCAUGAGCGGGAAUUACCAGUUCAGCUCUCCGGAAUGGGAUGAUCAGUCAGACACAGUCAAAGAUCUGAUUUCCCGGCUCCUGGUCGUGAAUCCUAAGACGCGCUACACAGUCAAUGAUGCGCUGGCCCACCCGUUCUUCCAGCAAUAUGUCGUGGAGGAAGUGCGGUACUUCAGCCCUUUAAGGAAAUUUAAGGUCAUCUGCCUGACAGUUCUGGCAUCAGUCCGCAUCUAUCAUCACUAUCGGAAUGUCAAGCCAGUUACCAGGGAGGUACUAAUGAGAGACCCCUACGCUCUGAAACCCAUUCGCAAAUUGAUCGAUGCCUGUGCCUUUAGAAUCUAUGGACACUGGGUGAAGAAAGGAGAAGCACAGAACAGAGCAGCCCUGUUUGAGAACACUGCAAAGGUGAUUUUGCUGAGCUUAGCUGCAGAGGAAGCGUUCUUUUGAUUUAGCCCUGAGUAAAACUGCUUCAGCACCGUCUUCGCUUAAGUUUGUAAGCGCUAAGGCAAGCAGAUGCUCUGGAAACUAACCGCAGUCUCCUUUAUGUUU